AUGUACAAGCUGGUUCACUCGAAUGGGAAUCAAGAUGCGUUGACUGCUCCAGCAAAUAUUGAGGCAGCCAUUGUUAAUGGGUGGAGACACUAUGCAUCACUUCAAUUUGAGAAAGACGAUUCUGUGAUGGAGAAAGUGUUCCCUACGCCUCUCGUGUGUCCCGAGAAGAGUAAGGUAUCUUGUUCAUGGAAAAAUAUCAACAACCUUGCCAUUGACUAUGAGUGCGCAAAGAAACCCACUCAAUUGCUCGAUCUGGACAAAGACUACGAGCUCAACAUGACAGCCAGCAUGACUAGGCCCGAGAAAUCCACCUUGCCUCAGAGGGAAUAUCCUCUCAUUAUCCAUGUUCGGGCAACUGGAAGACCGCGAGAGAAAGGCGAGGACUAUGUCGAGCAUGCGGAGUGUGCGCUGUACUGGCGAAUCCAGAAUCUUAAGGCAGCCAUCUACAAUGGAACGCUUUGGCAGGAAAACACAAAAUUCCUUCCUGAACAGCCAGUGGAACAUGAGGGCUCGUCAAUCAAAUGGAAUAUUUCAUCAUCUGUGUUCGAGGUCAUGAACAAUGCAACACAGGGGCUGAGCACCAGCAUGAGCUCGUGUUUCAACAGGACUAUCCUCAGGAAUCCCGACUCCGGAAAGCUAACCUAUGAUGAAAUGACGACCCGGGUUUUUCGACACAGCUGGAACAAAAAAGCGGAUAGGAACCUCAAUACCCUCGCUCUCCAAACUACGCUCAAGAGCUACGUCAAGAACGUUGCACUCUACACAUCUGCUGCCAUCCGUGCCAAAUCUGACCAAACGGCUCCCGGUUACAUUCACAGGAGAGAAGAAAUUUACGUUAUCAAAGAACUUUAUCUGAUUUACCCGCUCGUCGUGCUGGUUUUGAGCAUUCUAUUCUUCCUGGUGACGAUAUACAUGACCUGGAGCGACGAGAUCUGGAAGAGCAGUCUUCUCUCAUUGCUCCAUCAUGGGCUCGCUGACACCUUCCCUGAUAACCUCCAGACCAUGGUCGAGAUGACAGACGAGGCCGAAGAUAAAGCGUUCGAACUGAAGAAUGGUGGUGGGAAGGGCUUGAGACUUUACGAGAAAGGGCAAGUUGA